AUGAUUAAACGAUGUGCGGAUUUGCUAAGAGUAGUGAAUGUGAGAACUAUUCCUCAUUAUUUGGUGUACGAUUCUAGCUGCUCUCACUCGACAUGUUCUAGCACAGUGGUUAAAGAAAAUGAGGUAUCAGCGAGCAGUAGAAAACGCAUCCCAGACGGUAACUUUGUUCAAAAUUCGAGAAAUUAAACCAUUCCAGAUGGUCUCACUCUUCAACACUUCAUUAAAAAAUCCGAAAGGCGUCCUAGACAAAAGAACGUUAUUCCAACUCCCGAAGAGUCCGACGACUAUCUUGAUCCAGAAGAUUUGAAAGGCAACGGGAGAACAGGUGAUUUCAGAUCCAAUUUUCUAUGAAUUAAAUGUAUUUCAGUCAACUACGUAACUUAUGGUUGUCAAAUGAACGUCAAUGACAUGGAAAUUGUUCGUUCUAUCAUGACGUCAUAUGGUUUUAACGAGACCGACAAUCGCAAAACAGUAACUGAUUUACAAAUAUUCUGAAGAUGUUGAUAGGUUUCAAGGCGGACGUUGUAUUAUUGAUGACUUGUUCGAUUCGGGAAGGUGCUGAACAGAAAGUUUGGGCCGAGCUGAAGAGGCUCAAGAAAACUUCUGCGAGAAGGUCUCAAGUCGUAGGAGUUUUGGGUUAGUCGACUUUAUUUGAAUUGGAAAUAAACUUUGAAGGCGAAAAAAUACUCAGAAAUAUCUUUUCUUAAGGUUGUAUGGCUGAAAGAGUUCGGCACGAUCUUUUGUCCAAUCGCAAUCUUGUCAAUGUGGUGGCUGGUAUGUUUUUCAUAAGGUUACUUUCUAAAUUAAUUUUUUCACAGGUCCCGACUCUUACCGAGAUUUACCGAGGCUUUUGGCUGUGGCCAGAGCUGGAUCUGAUGCGAUUAAUGUACAACUGUCCUACGAUGAAACCUAUGCUGACGUCUCUCCCGUACGAGUUGAUCUGGACUCAAGGACGGCUUUCGUGUUAGUUUAUUUCUGAUAAACGCCGAAGUUGCUUACCAUUCUGGUACUGCUGAUUAGAUGCACAUCGCAGAACAGAUCCAACAAGUUGUUUUGGCAAUUCCAAAAAAAGAUAAUUAAAUAAAUAUAUAUAUAUUUCAAACGCCAGAGGGUUUUUGAGAAAGUUCAAUCAAACUCAAUUUGUUCAGUCUUCAGAGUAAGAUGAAGAAAGUCUCUGCUGAAUUAUGAUAUAAUUGAAAAGUUAGUCGUCAUAGCGGGUUCACAAUAGUUGUCCAAUAAGUCUCUUGAAAAAAAUGCAAAAAAAUUUUUUUUGGAUUAUUCCAUUUCUACUCAAACUUUUAUGCAAAAGACGAAGAAAUUUUCAAUUACUGAUCGCUUCGGCUCCGGUUUCAUAAAUGAUCAAGAUGAAAAACUCGACAAAACAAAUAUCUUAAAGAUCAAUAAUGCGGGGAUGUGACAAUAUGUGCACAUAUUGCGUGGUUCCUUACACGCGAGGCCGAGAACGAAGCCGUCCUUUAGAAUCUAUCGUCGAUGAAGUUUCGCGGCUUCGCGACGAGGUUUUUCUUCCCCGAACCUCCCAAAAAAAAAGAGGAAUUCAGGGCGUCAGACAAAUCACUCUUCUUGGUCAAAAUGUGAACAGUUAUCGUGAUACAUCCAUCCAGACGGUCGAAAAUUUGCCAUCAACAGCCUCUGAUUCUCCUUUCAAAACGGUCUACAAGUUAGUGUUGAGCGUUACUUCUAACUUGAAAUCUGAAUCUAGACCAAAAAUCGGAGGAAGACGGUUCGAAACCCUUCUUGAUAAAGUAUCUGAAGUUGCUCCAGAAGUGCGGUUCCGAUUCACUUCUCCACACCCGAAAGAUUUUCCUUUGGAGGUACUCCACCAUUUCUCUCAUCCCAUUGGAUGUCGAGUAUUUCUUUUAGUUGAUAGAACUGAUAAAAGAGCGGAAGAACCUCUGCAAACAGCUGCAUAUGCCAGCCCAAAGUGGCGACGACGAAACUUUGGAUCGGAUGGGCCGUGGCUAUACGAGAGACACCUAUUUAAGACUAGUCGACGACAUCAGAAACAUUUUACCAGGUCGAAUAUUUUUGAAAACGUGGGAGAAAAGGUAAACCAUAAAUUCGCCUGCUCUCAAGGAAAACAUAAAAUAAUGUUUCCUCAAGCUUUUUGCGAACACAUUCGAAGCGGAACGUGUAUUUUUUUUUAACAAAAAUAAACAGCGUUUUCAUUAAUGGAAUUAAAAAUACAAUGGAUGCAUUAAAAUUGUCUUUUUCGGCAUCAAUCAUAUUUUUUCAAAUUUUCAAAAAUCGAGCUAAAAGAAGCUCGAGUGCCGAACCACAGGGCUGUAAGACUUGAGAAUGAUAACUGAUGGUAAGAUAGUUUCUAUCUCAACCGUAACGCUACAGUUCAAUAAGAAAGUAUAUUAAAACCUUUCAUCUUCUUCAAGAAAAAUACGGCGAAAGUUUAGAAGUGAGCCUGACGAGCGACUUCAUCGCAGGCUUCUGCGGAGAAACUGAAGAAGCCCAUCAGCGAACUGUGGAUCUCAUUCACGACGUCAAAUACUCCUUCUGCUAUGUUUUCCCAUAUAGCAUGCGAGGGGUAAUAUCUCCCAUUUUUCGAGGCCAAGGCGCCAGUUCAAAAGUUUAGAAAACGAAGGCGCAUCAUCGGUUUGAGGACGACGUCCCGCAGCAAGUGAAGGAUAGAAGACAUCUUGAGCUGAUGAACGCUUUUCGUUCCGAAGCAGAUAAAAUCAAUCGAAAUUUGAUCGGUUCAGAACAAGUCGUCCUGGUCGAAGGGGUCAGUGAAUUUGAGUGAAAAACCUCAAAGUUUGUGUUCUCUAUAAUGAAUUUGCUUUUGAAAGGAAAAAAAAGUUUUUUGCUCAACUUUAAUUUUUUAAAGAAUUUGUCAAUUUUUCUGUUUUAGGUUUCAAAAAGGAGUGAGCAUGAAUUGAAAGGCCGAGUCGACGGCGGCACUAUCACUAUAUUCCCGAACACGGGAGGCUUCCAACCUGGAGAUUAUGUUUUAACCAAGGUUCGUUCAGAAUGAAUUUUUCGAGUCAAAUUUUCUUCAGAUCGUCGGUGGAAACUCACAAACGCUGCGCGCUGUACCAAUGCAAAAAACGUUACUCUCUUGA